AUGGGAAAAAAAAUACAAGCAGAAAUUAAAAAUCACAUUAAAAUCACAAAGUCACAACGUUCAAAUACAUCAACAAUAACAGAGAAUGGAGAUAAGUACAAGCAAAGCUUUAAAACCACAACAUUCAGAUUCACGACUUACUUCAUCUAUAUAGAGCAAGUUGUUGGGCGUGAGCUGCUGCUUCAUUUGAUCGAAUACUUGGUAACAAAUUAUGGCAAUGAUCUCACUAUCACUAAACUUGUCAACAGUACCCGGAUUCACAUCAUGCCGUGCAUGAAUCCAGAUGGAUUUGAAGCCACAGAACCAGACUGUCAGUAUUCAAAUGGAAGGUAUAAUAAAAAUGCAUAUGACCUAAACAGGAACUUCCCUGAUCCUUUUCAGAAUAAUACUGUUGAAAUACAACCUGAAACACAAGCAGUGAUGGACUGGAUUCAAACAGAAAACUUUUUGCUCUCUGCUAAUCUCCAUGGAGGAACAGUUGUAGCGAACUACCCAUAUGAUAAUGCUGUAUCAGAUGGCAAACUUAUGCGAUACAGCAUGUCUCCUGAUGAUGAUGUGUUCAAAUACCUUGCAAAAAUAUACUCUUAUAAUCAUGCCACCAUGUCUAAAGGUAAUGUUUGUAGCAAUUCUCUACCUUUCAAGGAUGGAAUUAUAAACGGAUACAGCUGGUACCCAGUGGAAGAAAAGGAAAGAGUAGAUGAGAAAAGCUCAGAAGAAAGACAAGCAUUAGAAAAUAUUACAGAAGAUACUGAAAGAGAAAGUGUUAUGGGGAAGAGGACACUGAAGAAAGGUGUUAAGGGACAAGUCCUGGAUGUCAGUGGGAAUCCAAUCUCAGAUGCAGUUGUGCAAGUUGAAGGAAGAGCUAACAUUUGUCCUUACAGAACCAAUCAAUAUGGAGAAUAUUACAGACUUCUUUUGCCUGGAGAGUACACAUUUAUUGUUACUGUGCCAGAGAUUGGAUCUAUAACAAGAACAUUACAAAUUAAAAACAAUUCCAGCAGCUUCUCUGCACAGAAGCAUGACUUCAUUUUCACGAACAUCAGCACAGCCGGUUCUACAGACAUCUUUAAUACAAUCCCGGAUGUGUUGUGUACGUCACCCACCAAUGAAAAAUACAUUUGUGAUGAUGCUGCAGACUUGCAUGCAUCUUUGUUUUUCUUCCUGUUUGAGUUUGUAAUAUGUACACUGUUGAAGUGAUCAGGAAAGGAACUUCGAGAAUUAACUUACAUUUUUUAUAUCUACUGUAUAAGAAGUGAAAACUGACUUUUCUUUGUACAGAUCUUUUUAUGAUGUGUAGUCUGAAAAAAAAGUAAAAACUUUAUUUUUGAAAAAAA